UUUAUUUUAAUAUCGAGUGUCAACAUUAACGCGCCGCGGAAGUUUUAAAUCUAAAAAUAAUGUUUGUUUGGUUUAUUUUUGACGGAAUUCGUCUCUGUUGGGCGUUUGUCUCAUUUGCACAUGUGCAAUAGGUAUUCAGUGCACAGCCUUUUAUAAACAGUGGUGAAAAUGGAAAUCGAUUGUUUUGCUUCUAUUCUGGUGAAUUAGGUCGAAUUAUUCAACUCACCGUGACAUAGGUAGGUAGCUUGUAGGUAGAUGGUCGAUAGAUAUUGAACGCAUCAUAAUGUUGGCAAGGACUCUUCAGCUAAGCAGCCUAGUGGCUAUUAUAGCCACGGUUGUCUCACAGCAAACCUACAAUGCAGUGGAAACCGAAAUGUUUUCCAUCCCCAUAAGCCCUAAUAUGUUUAACUGGACUUAUCAAGAAUUCGACCAGCAGUACAGAUUCCAAGGUUCCCUCAUUGGUAAACCGGAGCUUCCGUCGUGGCUUCGCUACAUUUACAGCGGACGUCAUCAUUCUGGCUUUAUUUUUGGCACCCCACCGCGGGGCACCAAGUCCCCUAUUACCUUAGAAGUGAUCGGCCUGAAUAGGCAAGACUAUGAGACGAGACGGCUGCUGUUGACAUUGAAGAUACACCCCAAGGAGAAGAAGGCACUACAUGAGGUAGAACUGAAGAUCGACAAUCUCAACGUGGAAGACUUGCUUGAUGAGCAUCGGAUGACUCGUCUAAAAGAGAUCUUCCGAAGCAAACUCUGGAUUGAGAGCAGUCAAGACCUUUAUGCCACGUUCUUAGCUUCAGCUAUUGCCAUGGGCGCCCGUCUGCCACUGAGGCCCAACGAGGGAGAAGGCCUAGUGGUCCGACUCGGCAGUUCAAAGCCGUUUUCAGCUGAGCUGAAGAGGCUUCGUGAGGAGGUGCGCCCUCUGUCUCGACUGCCCAGCUGUCCGCGAGAGUACAAGAGGACAACUGUUGAACGACUGUUCAGAGACGCUGGCUUGACUCUCGACUGGUGCAAUUUUGAGUUGUACAACACAGUCUACAAAGCGCGCAGCACAGAACUCCUAGAGUACCUAGCCGAGAUGCCGCCCCCGGACUCCCAUUCUGAGCUCCGAAAGGUCCAGCAUGCAGCAGAGACAUGGUCCGCUCCAAGCCGACACGACUUGCCUUCUAGAAGCUACUUGAAGGAGUUCACGGUAGCCGUAGUGGUCCCGAUUGUGUUGAUGAUGAUAUCUAUGGCCGCGCUUACGUCUGUCCUGUGUUUCCAUUAUGCUGGCAUGAACGAUAGUGAAUCAGAGUAUUUCCUAGAGAAUAUAUUCCACAUUUGCAUUGAUUAUAGAAAACGAAGAGCUCACAGAUCGGGUAAAGUGGAACUUUGUCGCUAUGAGACCAAUAACACUGAACAAACGCAAAUACCAGACAACAUCAGUAACAAGAGUGCCGGUGUUAGCCCAAACAACAGCUUGGUUCGCCCGUACAGCCCCAAGUCAACAACCAACCUGGCUGGAAGCUACAACCGACCGCAGCCUCCUCCGUACCUGGGGUCAGCCACCAACUCCUUGCACCAUCGUAAAUCUGGCAACACUGAACACACCCCAAGUCAUUUAGUUCUAGAAGAGACACUUAAACUUCUGAACGAAGCCAAAAUAGGCGGAGAUUACAUCGAUGAUUUGAAUUCAGAACCAGCUAUGAAAGACCCGAUUGUCGAUUAUAACGAUGGUUCAGAAGAUUAUGUGCCGAUUAAAAUGGAUGCGGCUGGUUACGUAGCAAUGAAGGGAGAUCUUGAUGAUAUUAAUGUACCUGAAUUAGCCAAGUACGGGUUGGGAGGUGUCGGUGGGUCGGCCAUUUGACAUGAGGGGAUGGGGGGUGGAGAGGCACCUGUCAAAACAUGGUUUUGUUAGAAUUACUAAUGCACUAACUUAGUAAGAAACUGCGUCAGGUUUCAUACUGUAGAUUUUGAACACUUUUGCUAACGUUAAGCAGGUUUUAAGUAGUUAAAUGUUGCAUUUAAACUUUCACGC